AUGCACCACUCUGACCCAGACUCAUCACCUCUAUCUUCGCCGCCCUCUUCUCCAUCUGAGCAGGUCUCACCCAUCCCCUCAAGCCUGCCGAGCCAAGUCCCAAAUUCUGCCAUCUCAACAACAGAAAACGACUCGUCCAUCAUGCCAUCGAUCGAGUCUCUAUCCUUACCUCGGCAGGCGCUGGCGCCUGCAUCUACUACUAUGCCGACAUCCAACAUGGGCGCUAAACGCGCAUCUAAGCAGAGCCCGAAGAGAUCUCACGAAGAAGUCGAUGAUGACGACGAAGAGCCCGCCUUCGGUACACCGCCUCCCAAACGCGCAGCCAGGAGUACAAGCUCAGCAACAAAAGCCAAGACUACUAAAAAGAAGACGCCUGCUCCAAAGAAGCCUGCGCCCAAAAAGCCGGCCCCGAAGAAAACAGCAGCCAAGAAACCCGCUCCUGCAGCAACACCCAGCUCACGCCCCUCGCGCAACCGCAAAGCCCCAGAGCGGUUCGAGGAGUUUGAGGAAAAGCCUACGCCCAAAGCUGUCCCGACGAAGAAAGGGUCAAGCAAAGUCUUCGAUCCAGUCUACAUCACGACCAACUCCUCCAGCCGCCUAGUCAAAGCCGACAUCUACCACAUGCUUCUUGAAGGACCAGCCUGGACCAGUCUCAGCGCAGAGCAGCAAACUACACUCAUCUCCAUGCUCCCCGAGAAUACCACGCACCAAGCUCUCCUCGCCAAGAUCAGCGCCGGCAACACAGAAGACACACGGCCUUCAGCCUUCACGCUGGCAAACAACUGCUUCCGUACCGAUGUCGCCAAGUUCCAGGAAGAUCUCAAGAACGGUCAUUUGGCGAAGACGUGGCAGGCGGCUGCUGAGCAGGCUGUGAUUGAACGGGCGGCGGGAGAGUAUGAUGAGUGGAAAGCGGCGGAGGCAGAGUCGUGGUGGGGGCAGAAGAGCAAAUGA